AUUGAGCUAUUUAAAAAAUUACGUUAGUCUUUUUCUUGUUCCUUUUAUAAUAGGCUGUGGAGAGUGGAUCUCAUAUAUCGAUGGCGGAAUGGGUUGGUAUACUGCCUGGAAAAUAGUUGGCAAUUUCUCUUUCACAUGCAUACGCCUUCCCCUCCAUUCUUCCCUAUUCCUGGCCUUUGGUCCUCAAAGCCUGUCUUCCUCUCUGGACCCAGGGAAAGCUCCGCCUGCGUCCUCGGUUCCGCCCUUCGCCCUGGGCACUAACCUCUUGACUUUCCGUGGCCUUUUCCCCUAUUACUCGCCCCCAAGCCUAAGUGGCGCGUUCGGGCGCUUUUAUUUCCUAGUGAGCGACCACCAUCCCUGUGCCCUCAGAGCUUCUGCGCACGUCGUUCUCUGUCCAAAAGUCGCUUCGAGCCCAUUUUUGCUAGAAACUCGGCGGAGGAAGCUUCUGUAGAUUUUAUUUGCUUGAGAGAGAGAGAGAGAGAGAGAGAGAGCACACAGAGGGGAAUGGAGAAGGAGAUUCCCCGCGGAGCAGAAAGCCCUACGUGGGACUCGAUCCCAGGACCCUGAGAUCAUGACCUGAGCCGAAGGCAGACGCUUCACUGACUGAGCCACCCAGGCGCCCCCCGUCUAAUUUUUAAUUUUCCAGUCGGCAAGCUGAAAGGGACUUCCGCCGCGCCGUUUUGCCUGGUUUAAGCUUCAGCCUGGAGACACCUGUGCGUUUCUGUCGGCCCGACCGGCCCUUCCACUUUCCCAGCCGCCCCUGCUCGCGGGCGCGGAAGAGGCCCCUCGGCUCGCCGUACGACCGUGAUCCAAGAUGGCCGCCCCCACGGGGUACGGCCAGGGCGCGGCCAUGUUGCCGCAGCGGAAAAACCGGGAUCCGGGUGCCUUUUCUCUAGAAACGCCUCCGACCCUUGUUGGCCACCGUCCUGGGGUGCCUGAGGGACGCGGGCGAAGUUUAGCGAAGGAAGUUCAGGCGCCGACCGGUCGCGGCGGUGUGUGGCGAAAGUCAGAUUUUAUCUAUUUAUUUAUUUGAGAGAGAGAGGGAGAGAGAAACAGCAUGAGAGGGGAUAGGGUCAGAGGGAGAAGCAGACCCCCCGCCGAGCAGGGAGCCUGAUGUGGGACUCGAUCCCGGAACUCCAGGAUCAUGACCUGAGCCGAAGGCAGUCGCUUAACCAGCUGAGCCACCCAGGUGCUGGCUCCCCAGGACAAGCAGGAUCAAGGGGAAAAGGAGGAAAGAUUCCAAGACUUAGGUAACAUCAUUUCUGGGGAAACCCUUGAUCGGAGACUGAGACUUUUGAACAGAAAUUUGGAGCUGAUCCAGAAGAGCUAAAGACAGAGCAUCCAAGUUAGCAGCUAUUUCCCAAAAUCAGAAGAUGAUCCAAGCCCAGGCAUUGACUGUGAGGAGAAAACAGACCAGUUCCUUGAGGGAUGUUAAUGUUUCAUGGCACAUAGGUCUGAAGUGCACAUAGGUCUUUGAUGGUUCUUCAGAGAGAUGUUGUGGAAUCCCUGACAUUUGAUGAUGUGGCUGUGGACUUCACCUGGGAGGAGUGGCAGCUCUUGGCCCCCGCUCAGAAGGAUUUGUACCGGGACAUGAUGUUGGAAAAUUAUAGGAACCUGGUGUCAGUGGGGUAUCAAGCCAGCAAACCAGAUGCACUAUCCAAGUUGGAACGAGGAGAAGAACUUUGGAUGAUAGAAGAUGAAAUCCACAGCCGAAUCUGCCCAGAAAUCAGGAAAGUUGAUGAUCCUCUGCAGUGUCACUUGCAAAAUCGAAGCAUUCAGAAGAGUGUGGAACAAUGCUGUGAACAUAAUACAUUUGCAAAUAUUCUUAAUCAGAGUGAAAGUCAUUUCCUGUUAAAGCAAAAUUAUGAUAUGUUUGACUUAUUUGAAAAACCUUUAAAAUCAAAUUUAAGUUUUGAAAGCCAGAGUAUAAACUGUAAUGCAAAGAACUCUACUGAGUUUAAUGAAGAUGGGAAAUCCCUUCUGCAUACUAAUCAUGAACAAUUUUAUAGUGUAAUAAAAUUUCCUGUAAGUGUAAAACCCACCAGCAAUAAUUCCCAGGUCAUUAAGCAGCAGAGAACUCCAAACAUGCGGAAAGCCCAUGUAUGCUGUGAAUGUAGGAAAGUCUUUGUCAAGGUGUCUCAGCUCAUUGAUCAUCAGAGAGUUCAUACUAGAGAGAAACCUCAUGGAUGCAGUCUGUGUGGGAAGGCAUUCUCUAGAAAAUCCAGGCUAACUGAACAUCAGAGAAUUCAUACAGGACUGAAACAUUAUGAAUGUACUGAAUGUGACAAAACAUUCCUCAAGAAAUCACAGUUCAAUAUACACCAGAAAACGCAUAUGGGACAGAAGCCUUAUACAUGUAAUGAAUGUGGGAAAGCGUUCAUCAAGAAGUGUCGGCUUAUUUAUCAUCAGCGAACUCAUACAGGAGAGAAGCCCCAUGGAUGCAGUCUAUGUGAGAAAGCCUUCUCUACAAAGUUUAGUCUCACUACACAUCAGAAAACUCAUACAGGAGAGAAACCUUAUACAUGCAGUGAAUGUGGAAAAGGCUUCAUUGAGAAGAGGCGUCUUAUUGCACAUCAUCGAACUCAUACUGGUGAGAAACCUUUUAUAUGCAAUGAGUGUGGGAAAGGUUUCACCUUGAAGAACAGUCUUAUCACACAUCAGCAAACUCAUACAGAACAGAAAUUGUAUACAUGCAGUGAAUGUGGAAAAGGCUUUUCAAUGAAGCACUGUCUCAUCGUACAUCAGCGAACUCAUACAGGAGAGAAACCCUACACAUGCAAUGAAUGUGGAAAAGGCUUCACCUUGAAGAGUCCUCUUAUCAGACAUCAGCGAACCCAUACAGGAGAGAAACCCUAUGUAUGUAGUGUAUGUGGAAAAGGCUUUACCGUGAAGAGUGAUCUCAUUGUACAUCAGCGAACUCAUACUGCAGAGAAGCCAUAUAUAUGCAAUGAUUGUGGGAAAGGCUUCACUGUGAAGAGCCGUCUGAUUGUACAUCAACGCACUCAUACAGGAGAGAAACCUUAUGUAUGCAGUGAAUGUGGAAAAGGCUUUCCAGCAAAAAUACGGCUGAUUGGACAUCAGCGAACUCAUACCGGAGAGAAGCCCUAUAUAUGCAAUGAAUGUGGAAAAGGCUUCACAGAGAAGAGUCAUCUCAAUGUACAUAGGCGCACUCAUACAGGAGAGAAACCCUAUAUAUGUAACGAAUGUGGCAAAGGCUUAACUGGAAAGAGCAUGCUCAUUGCACAUUUGCGAACUCAUACUGGGGAGAAACCGUAUAUAUGCAAUGAAUGUGGAAAGGGCUUCACCAUGAAGAGUACUCUAGGUAUACAUCAGCAAACUCAUUCUGGGGAGAAACCAUACAAAUGUAAUGAAUGUGAUAAAGCCUUCAGGAAGAAGACCUGCCUCAUACAACAUCAGAGAUUUCACACAGGAAAAACUUCCUUUGCAUGUACUGAAUGUGGAAAAUUUUCUUUGCGUAAAAAUGAUCUCAUUACCCAUCAGAGAAUUCACACAGGAGAGAAACCGUAUGAAUGCAGUGAAUGUGGGAAAGCCUUCACUACAAAGUCAGGGCUCAAUGUUCAUCAAAGAAAACAUACAGGAGAGAGGCCCUAUGGAUGCAGUGAUUGUGGGAAAACUUUUGCCCACUUGUCAAUCCUUGUUAAACAUAAGAGAAUUCACAGAUAGUCACUUUGGUUUUUUGUGGGUUUUUUAAAGAUUUUAUUUCUUUAUUUGAGAGAGAGCACAUGAGAAGGGGGAAGGUCAGAGGGAGAAGCAGACUCCCUGCCGAGCAGGGAGCCCGAUGUGGGACUCAAUCCCGGGACUCCAGGAUCAUGACCUGAGCCGAAGGCAGUCACUUAACCAACUGAGCCACCCAGGCGCCCACAGAUAGUCACUUUGGGAUAACCUGUUGCCAGUUGUAGUCCCUCAAGAUAAUAGUAUGUAAUGAAGAAUAACAAUGCAAAGAAUAGUAUUAUCUUUAGUGAUCAAUUAUGUCAUAUUUUAUGUUGAUGAAAAAAUUUACAAAACAACUCACAGUCAGCCUUGAUGAAAAUAUUUUAGGACAUUAUACAUCUAAAAAGUGUAGACUGAAAUAGAUUCUAUGAAUGUGACAGACUAGGAAAGCCGUCAGUGGGAAUUAGACGCUAUCAUGUGAUCAUCACAGAUAAUGAAUUUUUUUUUUUUAAUAUUUAUUUAUUUGACAGAGAGAUAGCGAGAGCAGGAACACAAGCAGGGGGAGUAGGAGAGGGAGAAGCAGGCUUCCCACCGAGCAGGGAGCCCGAUGUGGGGCUCGAUCCCAGCACCUGGGAUCAUGACCUGAGCUGAAGGCAGACGCUUAACCAACUGAGCCACCCAGGCGCCCCUGAAUGAAUAUUUCUAAUUGGUAGAACUAUAACUGUGGGAGAACCUUUGCCCAGAAGUAAGACCUCAAUAGAUGUCAGUUCACACUAGACAAGUACUUUGCGGUGGCAAUAAAUGUAGUAGGGCUUGAAGUAAUAUAUUUGCCAGGAAAUCCAUACAGAAAUAACUUAGGAACACAUUCAAUGUGGUGGACUUUAGCAAAAUAUCAGACAACUUAAAGGAAAGAAGCUUUGGGGAAAUGAUGAACGAGAGCAUUCCGUCAUGUCUAAAGAUAAUUAACGGAUACAUAAUUAGUGGAUAAUAUGCCUCACAAGCAUUCAGAACAGGAUACUUCAGCUUUAUUUCUGAUUGCCUUGUCAUUGGUUUUAUAAAUUUUAAAUAGUGGCAGUUACUCUCACCAUGGAUUAAAUUUUAAUAUGUACAA